GAAAAGGAGCAGCGGGCCUGGCAGAAGGCUGAAGAGGAAAGUCGGAAAGCAGCUGCCAUCCUGAGGCAAGAAGUUGAGAAGCUCAGGGAAGAGAGGCAAGACCUGGAUCGACAGGUCAGCAACCAGGAGCGCCAAAGCAGAAGGCAUCACAGCCGCACUUCCACCUUGCAACCGCGGCCGCCUGAUAGCGGUUCUUCAGCGCACCGCAGCACCGUCAUGGAGGUGGACCUCAGAACCGAGGGUAAGCCUCAGAUGGAAGAGAAGGAACUGGAGGACUCCUCCUCCGGAUCUUCCAAUGAAUACUACGAGCAGGAGCCACCUGCACACAUCAAGCAACGUUUGGCUAGCUUGCAACAGGCAGCACGCUUUUCGGUGAGACAGGAUCUGCGCUGA